GUUCCAAGCUGGAUAGAAAACACACACGGCACAGAGUAGACUGAGUGAGGUUCCUGUGUGUAUGAUUACUGUCACUUUGUGAUACGACGCUGCCAGAUCUGAUGAGUGAUAAUGCCUAUGUCACACCAGAACAUAAAAAUCAUUGACACUGAUGUGAGUGUGAAGCCUAAGCUGAAGUGUCCCCGGCCUCGGCCACGGCUUGGUGGCACAGUCAGUCAAGGUCAUGGUUAUUACGGUAGUAGGCAUUUUUCGUGGAUAACUGCUGACGCUGUGCCCCGCCGCAGCCCAGCGGCAGUGCAGUGUAGGUACUGCGUGUGGAAACUAAACGCUUCCUGCAAUCGCUAGGGGUGGUUUCCUCUCACUUCAGGUGACCACGGUGAAGUACUCUCUGCCACGAGUUUCACAAACAAAGAGGAAAAGGCAAAGUGACGGUGACUGGGAUUGGAUCUCCAAAUCAUAGCUCCACCGCUUACAUCAAAGUGCAGGCUGUGCAGAUUCGCCUCAAAAUCGAGAAGGACGAGGUACACUGAGUCUGUCGUAUUCUGCGAAAGAUGUACCACAACAAUGCAAGUAAGGAAACGGCUUAGAUUAGCGCUGGAAAACAUCGUACUAUUCCUCUUGGCAGUUGGCCUCAUGACCUAUGGUAUACGACUUCUAUUGGACGACAAUGACGUUAAUUCGAAAGCAACCUGGAGUCCGUUUCGACUGAAGAGAUCCAUAGCUGACGAGGAGCUACAGCUUAUUGCAAAGGAUGUUGCAGUGGUACGGGGAGUUUUGGACCGACGGAAAAAGAUACAACAGCAGCCGGUGUCCCGGCAUAACUAUAUCAACACUGUUGAGAAACGAUGCUCGCUACUGCGUCGCAGCCAUGCAGAUGAACAGGAUGCUGAUCCGCUCCAGCAUAUCAAACCCGGUCGCAGAGCCCUGCUCCUGGAGCACCUUCUCUACAACGAUGACAUGCAGGUUAUCUACUGUGCUCUGCCCAAAGUAGCAUCCCACAAUUGGAGGAGCGUUCUCCUAUCUCUGAGUGAUAAUCUGCGCCACCAGCCCACCUACUACCAAGGUGUAUACAAGGACGCCAACGCCCGGCGAUUCAAGUCACUAGCCGAGUUGAACAAUCGAAAUGAGAUACGGAUGCGACUGAGGACUUACUUCAAAUACAUGAUGGUGCGAAACCCGGCGAAUCGCCUUGUGUCGCUCUACCUGGACAAAUUCUCGUCGCUGGCGAGAAAAUCCGAUUUUCGGAGCCAAUUUGGCAAUCGAGUGAAGCAGCAGAACAAGCUGUGGAAGAAGUAUAACCCACGCCUCAUGACCAACUAUACACACGAGUCUGGAAGGUUUUCCUACCAGGAGGUAAUGCGCUUCAUUGCCAGCCAGAGGCCCGUGGCUCGAAAUGAACACUGGGUUCCCAUGAACGACCUCUGCCGACCGUGCGACAUCCGCUACGACUUCAUCGGCAAGAUCGAGGAGGCGCCCAACAGCUCUGCAAGUAUGAUGGAGGCGAUCGGCCUCCCGAGCACGGUGGCAUUUCCGGGCAGGGACUCGCAGGUUUCGUACCACCACAAGGCCGUGGAUGAUAAGAUGGUGCAGGAGAUGAACUCUCUGCUCAUUCCCGCUGAGUACAUGGCCGUCCACGACGUCUAUGCUGCCGACUACCUAAUCUUCGACUACAAGAGAUCGCCGUACCUUUCGUGGAAAACUAAUCCAACCUGACCUGAACUACCGUCAGCCAUGCUAAGUCUGAUUGAUGGGCUUAGUCUGGAAAGCAAUUAUCUGUAUUUAUUCUGAAGAAAUAAUCCUUCUAAAAUAUUGUACUUUGAAAGUACAGUAAUGAGAGAACUUCAAAUUCAAUGUAAGCUAGGUCCCAGGUUCGAUGUCUGGUGGAGGUGGUAUUGCUUGUCAUGGACCAUGUAUUUUGAGGGAGUUGAAACUCAUUUCAUCAUAAUACACAUGAUUAAUUCCAAGUCUCUCUCUGACCUUUUCUUUGGCAGAGUCAAACUCAGGAAUUGCACGUUGUGAACCAAGGGACUAGCACAGGUCCCAUUUCCUUUAAAAUUGAAGUGUGAUAUUUUUAAAAGCUGCUGUAUGUCACAUACGAGAGAGGGUGUACACUGUCAUAUUUCUUCUCAGGAUUGCAUUCCAGGUGAUUGCAGCACUGUAUGCCGCAACAUGUAGACAGCUAAGUAAGGGUCUUAUCCACCUCUUCUCUACUGGGUACCUGUCCUAGGACAAAGUGAUGCAGUUUGCUCUGUUGAAACCCGUCAGCGUAAGUGCAAUCUCAGUGUCAUUGGUAUGAUUGCUUUCAUA